CUCUCUCUCUCUCUCUCUCGAGAAAACCACUGAAAAAAUAUCAGACCACCAACAAACCAUCUCUCUCUCUCUCUCUCUAAAAGGAAGAACAGGAUCACGAACAUGCUUCUCCGUCAGCCAUUACCUACUCGCUUCCCCCCUCUUCACUCAACCAAUCCCUUUCUCCACCACCACCACCGCCCAAUCUCCCACCGCCCACUUUCCCCCGCCAUAACCACCGCUGCCUCCACUAGAACCUCCCUCUACUCCACCCACCUCCACCUCACCACCGACGAAUCCUCCGACGACGACGAAAACGACAUCGCGUCCCUCAAGAACCGCCGCUACGACUUCACUCCCCUCCUCGACUUCCUCUCCACCGCCGCCGCCCCGUCAGACUCCACCUCACCGUCUUCCCCGGCGUCACUGGACCCCACCGAGCUCAGCCUCGUCGAGUCCUACCGGUCCGUACCGGCCCCACUCUGGCACUCCCUCCUUAAAAAUCUCUCCUCAUCAAACAACUCCUCCAUCCAAACCGCUUACUCCCUCGUCACGUGGCUCCAGAGACACAAUCUCUGUUUCUCGUUCGAAUUGCUCUACUCGAUCCUCAUCCACGCCCUAGGCCGCUCCGAGAAGCUCUACGAAGCCUUUUUACUCUCUCAAAAACAAGCUUUGACGCCGUUCACUUAUAACGCCCUGAUUGGGGCCUGCGCUCGCAACGAUGACCUCGAAAAAGCCCUGAAUUUAAUGGAGAGGAUGCGUCGCGACGGGUACCAAUCGGAUUUUGUCAAUUAUAGCUUGGUAAUUCAGUCGCUAACGCGACGCAAAGAGAUUGACUCGGGGAUGUUGGAGAAGCUGUAUGAGGAUAUUGAGUCGGAUAAUAUCGAACUAGAUGCACAGCUGUUGAAUGAUAUUAUUGUUGGGUUUGCAAAGGCUGGGGACGCGGAUAAGGCUAUGUACUUCUUGGCUGUGAUACAGGGGAAUGGGUUGAGUGCGAAAACGGCUACUACUGUUGCUGUUAUAUCUGUGUUGGGGGAUACUGGGAGGACGCACGAGGCAGAGGCGGUUUUCGAGGAGUUGAAGGAAGGUGGAUUGAAGCCUAGGGCACGAGCUUAUAAUGCACUUCUUAAGGCUUAUGUUAAGGCAGGUUCUUUGAGGGAUGCAGAGUCAAUUGUGUCUGGCAUGGAAAGAUGUGGUUUAUCUCCGAAUGAGCAAACUUAUAGUCUUCUUAUUGAUGCUUAUGCAAAUGAGGGUCGGUGGGAGAGCGCGAGAAUUGUGUUGAAGGAAAUGCAAGAUAAUAAAGUGCAGCCUAAUUCGUAUGUUUUCAGCAGGAUUUUAGCGGGUUAUCGCGAUAGAGGUGAGUGGCAAAGAUCAUUUCAAGUUUUGAAGGAAAUGAAGGAAUGUGGGGUCCAGCCUGAUAGGCAUUUUUAUAAUGUGAUGAUUGAUGCUUUGGGAAAGUAUAACUGCCUUGAUCAUGCAAUGGCAACAUUUGAAAGGAUGAGAUCAGAGGGGAUUCAACCUGAUAAUGUCACAUGGAAUACACUUAUAGAUUGUCAUAGUAAGUUGGGACACCAUAUGAAAGCAGAGGAACUGUUUGAGGAAAUGCGGGAAAGUGGAUGCUUGCCAUGCACCAUGACAUACAAUAUAAUGAUUCAUUCUUUUGGGGAGCAGGCAAGAUGGGAGGAAGUGAAGGUCUUGUUUGGCAAGAUGCAGAGUCAAGGAUUGCUGCCUAAUGUUGUUACUUACACCACACUUGUGGACAUCUAUGGGCAAUCAGGGAGAUUUGGUGAGGCGAUUGAGUGCUUGGAGGAUAUGAAGUCAAAGGGGUUAAAACCAUCCUCAACCAUGUAUAAUGCCUUGAUCAAUGCUUAUGCACAAAGGGGUAUGUCUGACAAAGCAGUUCAUGCAUUUAGAGUCAUGAGAGCUGAUGGUCUAGAACCCAGUAUUUUAGCUCUCAAUUCACUGAUUAAUGCAUUUGGUGAGGAUUGUAGGGUUGCUGACGCCUUCUCCGUUUUGCAAUUCAUGAAAGAAACUGACUUGAAGCCGGAUGUAGUUACCUAUACUACACUUAUGAAAGCUCUAAUUCGCGUGGAAAAGUUUGAUCAGGUCCCUUCUGUUUAUGAAGAAAUGAUUUUGUCUGGGUGCACUCCAGACAGGAAAGCUAGAGCAAUGUUACGCUCUGCACUGCAGUACAUGAAGCAGACACUAAGGUCGUAGUUUACAGCAUCAAGUCAACCAGCUGACCAAACUUCAUGAAUGACACUAAGGUCGUAGUUUACAGCAUCAAGUCAACCAGCUGACCAAACUUCAUGAAUGAUUAUACUUCCAUGCUUUUUGAUUAGUUGAUUAUUGACCCAAGGUAAGCAACUCCAAUCCUGAACUCGUUUAUGAUUGGAUACCAAGUCAUGCGAGGUGCUGUUAUGUUCCAAGAAUAUAUCAAUGACGUGGUAGAUGUUCUCAGCAAGUUCUAUAAAGUUGACAAUUUUGGUUGUCAAAGUGGGCCGGGAAAGACCCACAAAUGCCUUGAACAGGAGAGAUUUUUCAGUGAGACCACAUAUUGUUGUGGGGUCCAAAUACUUUGUCUUGGACCUCAUAUCAAUGUGCGGUGAAGAGGCCUGAUUAAUUUUUCCCUAGCAAGACCCUUCAGUCCCUUUUGUGGAACUGGAGAAGACCCUGUUCCAUAAAAAAUAGAUUGGCCGUUGAGCUUUGUUGAAGUACUCGAUGCUUUGGAAAAACAGGUCAAUGAUUUGCGAAUGCUUGUGAGUACCAUAAAAAUCACCUUGUAAUUUGUAUUGAGUGGCAUUGUGAAAUAGUUCUCUCUUUCUAUAACUUUUCCUAUUUUGAUUAUUUAGGAAGGUUGGUUCUUUUAUGAUAGGUCAUUUUGUCUACCAGAAGGGACUCUUACUGACUCUUACUGGUGUGAUGUUACAGAUCAAGAAUGAAGAGAAAUACCAUAGCUAAAGACUCGAACACUGCUCGUGCAAAAGUGCCAGUAUCUGUAUUAUAGUUGCACAAAUUGUAACUACCUAUUUUUACCUAUUUUAAUGGUGGUUGUAAAUGUCACAGACUCCCAAGUCCAUUAAUCCUGUUGUAUUCAUUUGUGUUUUACUUAACAGAGAAGUGACAAACAAAUAUGGCUGCAUUGUAAAUCAGAUGAACCUAUUAAGUGAGCAAAUUUUCUUUCAUUUCAGUCCUA